GAGGUUCAGCUCGGAGAAACGCUGCCUCCCGCUGAGGACAGGGAGGGAGGGAGGGAGGACAGCGCUGAAUCCACUCAAACUGAUAUAUCAGAGCCGACUCCUGAGAGCAGACGUAUCUGAAGCUGUCAGGGAGGAACCAUGGCUACCAUCUCUGAACCGGACCCUGGACUCUCUGAGGAACCUGGGGACACGUCUUUGGACCGGAGGGAGACCAGGAAGAGAAGAUUUGCUGGUAGAGCAAAGAAGAAGGCUAAGUCCAGACGCCGGGGAAGCCAUCAGAGAGUAACAAUGGUCACCAUCUCUGAACCGGACCCUGGACUCUCUGAGGACCCUGAGGACACGUCUUUGGACCGGGAGGAGACCAGGAAGAGAAGAUUUGCACUAUGGUUUCACAUCACUGUCAUUGUGAGCAUCGGACUGCUGAGUAUUCUCCUCAUCUCCCUGCGCUUCAACUCACCGUCACCCUGGAUAGAGGGGAGAGAGAACUUACUGGAUGAACUCGAUGAAUUGACACUUCAGGGCUGGAUGCUUCACGACAAGAGUCUCUAUCUUGUUUCUACUACUAAGAAGGGCUGGAGGGCCAGUAGAGAAGACUGUCAGAAGAGAAAGGCAGACCUGGUGGUCAUCAACAGCAGAGAAGAACUGGCGUUUGUCAGCAGAUUGAUGGGUUCUUGCUGGAUUGGACUGAGUGAUCGAGAGAAGGAGGGGACCCACAAGUGGGUGGAUGGUACCCCCAUGACCUCAAGUUGGAGACACGUUAAACCACGCGAUGACGGCGGAGCAAGAGACUGCGUCGUAGCAGGGGAGGACGGCUGGUCUGAAGAGCCGUGUAACAGACUGCACCACUGGAUCUGUGAGAAGGUCCUAGACCUGGAUCAUCUGGAGGCUGAGCGGAACAAAGAGGGUUCAGUGAUGCUCACGGAGGAGGAGGAGGAGGCCCCCAGCAUCACAGAGUUCCACUCCUCUACCCACGUGUUGCCCGUGGGCCAAACGGCCCGCUACACCUGCCACGCCGGCGGCACGCCGGAGCCCACAGUAGAGUGGCUCCACAACGGCAGGCCCCUGGAGAGGGACGGCACAGACGACCAAUCAGAGGCCUGGGUGGAGAGGGGCUUCCUCUUCGUCAGAGGUGGGAGGUACGGCGUGAACACGGUCUGCUGCAUGGCGAGCAACAGCGCUGGCACGGCCAAUCACAGCGCUGAGGUGCUUGUCUUUGAUGCCUGUGACCUCACACUGGACCCCAACACGGCCCACAGACACCUCUCUCUGUCUGAGGACAACAGGAAGGUGACGUGGGUUGAAGAGGACCAGUCGUAUCCGGAUCACCCAGACAGAUUUGACUACUGGCAGCAGGUGUUGGGUAGAGAGGCUCUGACUGGCCGCUGUUACUGGGAGGUAGAGUGGAGAGGAGUGGUUGUUAUAGGAGUGACAUACAGAGGAAUCACAAGGAGAGGAGGGGGUCGUGACAGCAGGCUUGGACGGAACAACAAGUCCUGGAGAUCUUUACUCUGUCCGGUACAACGAUAGAGAUACAGUCCUCCCUCUCCCCCCCGCUGGCUCCACCAGAGUAGGAGUGUAUCUGGACCGGCCUGCUGGCUCUCUGUCCUUCUACAGAGUGUCCCCAGGUGGAGGAGGGUCCUCAGACACACUGACACACCUCCACACCUUCUGGUCCUCCUUCACCCAGGAGGACCUCCUCCCGGGGGUGUGGGUAUGGGGGG